GGAAUUUUAUCAUUAAAUCACAUAGGUGGCGCCUUAACUUAGUGGCUAUAUAACAUAGAAAGGACUUAUUUACAGGCCAUUUACUACAGAAGGAAUUUAAGAUACUAAGGAUGCAGAUGAUCAUAGUUUUAGCUCUAGUUGGGUCCAUUUAUGGAUUUAAUAUGGGAAGUAUCCUUCCAGGAGGUGUAGGACAUGUUGAUUCCAGCGAUGCAGGACUCAUGGCAGCUGUCCAGGACGCCAGUAAAAGUGUUAAUAUGAUGUCAAACAAUAUGAUGCAUUUGACCACAUUCCAGGUCACUCAUGCAACUAAACAGGUUAUUAGAGGAUUGAAAUAUACAUUCGAUGUCUCAUUCAAAGAAGCAAGCGCAUGUAAAAACACAAAAGAGCAUUAUCACGCCACACUAACAGAAUGCCCACCAGCUGACGGUGCACAAACAGUGCAUUUCCAUUGUUCAGUUAUCGAUGUUGCCUGGGAAACACCCAGAUAUACCACCACAUGUACCAUGAAAUAAAAAACAAAUGGAAGACGCCAAAAUCAUGGAAUAAACAUUUACCUUUGUUUUACAUUCUGACUUUACGAUCAAGUUUUAUACAUUAUUAAGUACAACAGUCCAAAUACGUUGAAGAAAAUACAAAGAAAUAAAUUUAUGUUAUUGUUCUUGAAA